AAGUUUGAAAUUUAUAUCUUGAUGCUGUUAAUACCAUUUGAAAAUAUAAUUUUAUUUUUUCCUGAAGUGUGUGUUUUUUAACCUAAUUAUCUCAAAAUAGUGAAUAUAUUACAAUGGAAUGUAAUAUGUAUAUGUGUGAUACUGAGUAUGAAAAAAUCAUAGAAUUAGGUAAUUUGCUUUUAAAAUUACUGGACAGCAUACCGUCUUCUAUUAAGGGUUCUAAUAAACUGAAAAGUAAAAUUCAGCAAGAAAUAUUUUGUCUGGAGAAAGCCAAGCAAGCAAAUCGACUUAAGAAGGAACAUAUCUCCUCAUCAAAUCUUCAUCAUUAUGAAGCAUUUGUUAACUGUGUUAUUAAGGAUCCAAAUUGUGUUUCAAUCUUGGAGCUUUUCCAUUUAGAUAGUGAUUUAGUUGGAAAGAAAAAAAUUUAUGUAGAUAUUGUUACUGAACAAAGAACAAAAUGGAUAAAAGUAGUUGCAAGAAAUCCAAAAGCAUUGAGCCAAAUAUUUAAAGGUGAAGGAGAUUAUCAACAAAAAUCAAUUAUAGAUCAUGCUGAAGAGUACUUGGAGUGUGCCAAACAGAAUGCUGUUUUGUUUAAACCUCCUGUGGUUGAAUUUUAUUUUGCAUCAGGUAUUGAGAUUGAUUUAGCCGAAGAACUUAGCUCUAUUGGUAUAUUCAUUUCUGGUAACAUAUUAGGUGUUGAUUGUGAAAAUGAGCAAAAGGCUCUGGAACUGUUGAAGAUAGAGCCAUAUCAGCUAAAUAGGGAUGUAAAUAGGCUUAAUUUAGAUGUUCCCACCAUGAUUGCCUAUGUUUCUGCGUUGACUAAUGGUCAUGCCGACAGAAAAGUGAGAGGUAAAGUUUUAAGUCAACAAGCUGAGAGUGAAAGAAAAUUCCCUGUUAAACCAAUUUUGGAUGAUGUCUUCAAAGGUAAAGAAUUGUAUGCCUGUGAAACUGCUGUGUCCAACUUUAAGUCAAUAGUAGACAUUCUAGGUGGUGAAGGUGAAAAGAAAAGAACUGAAGAAUUAUUAUCAAGAAUAACUGUAGUUAAUGAUGUACCUUAUACCAAAUUAAAAAUUAAAGGUAAAAUUAAGGCAAGAGCACUUGCAGUUUUUGGAACUGGUCAAGCUUUAGAAGCUCUAACCACAACGUCAAAUUCUUCUUUUGUUCGAGCUGCAAGAACACAAGGUAUCCAUCUGGAUGUAUUUAUUCAUGAACCUAGAGCACUUACUGAAAGAAAAGAAAUCGCUGAUUAGAUGCACAACCAAUAUAUUUAAACUUUUAUUUUUAUACUCCAU